UGCACCUUCAACAGGAUCCUGCUGAGACUGUUUUUACAAGGAGGACUUUCUUUCAUUUCAUCUGACCAAGACUUCAAUAUGGCUUAUUUUGUACACCUGGAACUGAUAUGUAAUUGGGCAUGGCAUGCUGUGGCGUGAGGGCCUUAAUGACAGCUGUUAUUACAGGUCUUUGACUGCACAGUAGACCUUUUUUCAAUGCCUUGGGAUUCAUAUAAGACACUCUGAGAUCUGUGCUACCCGGUGGCAAUGGGGACCUUUGUUUUGCUUGAAGCCAAGACGGAGAGAGGAGUCCUCUGCAUGCUUCUGCUCCUCUUCCUCUGCUGCUUUGGAGGGAAAUGUGAGCUCCAGGAACCAAAACCUUCAGAGCCGAGCAACUUCGCUGGGGUCCAACCUUUCCACCAUGAGCUCGAUGGGCCCCAGGCUUACCCCGAAGAGGAGAGGGGUCGCCUCCCUGUGUUCACCAUGGACUAUCCUCGGAUCCAGGUCCCCUUUGAGUUUACACUGUGGGUGCUGCUGGCCUCUUUUGCCAAAAUUGGUUUCCACAUUUACCAUAAAAUCACCAUCUGGAUCCCGGAGUCCUGCCUCCUGAUUGGCGUCGGCCUCAUCGUCGGCGCCAUCAUGCACUCAGUCAAAGAGGAACCCCCUGCCGUCCUCAAUUCUCAUGUCUUCUUCCUCUACAUGCUCCCACCCAUCGUCCUCGACAACGGCUACUUCAUGCCAACGAGGCCUUUUUUCGAAAACUUUGGCACGGUGCUGUGGUACGCCGUGGUGGGAACCCUGUGGAACAGUGUCGGCAUCGGGCUUUCCCUCUUCGCCAUCUGCCAGUUUGAGGUGUUCGGAGUUCAAGAUAUCAACCUGCAGGAGAACUUGCUGUUUGCCUCCAUCAUCUCGGCCGUGGACCCAGUGGCUGCUUUGAAUGUGUUCGAGGACAUCGGAGUCAAUGAGCAGUUAUAUAUCGUCAUAUUUGGAGAGGGGCUCUUCAACGAUGGUGUCACUGUGGUGCUUUACAAUAUGUUUUCCUUUCUGGCCGACAUGCCCAUCGUUGAAUCCACCGAUGUGUUUCUGGGAGUGGCCAGGUUCUUCAUUGUGGCGGCUGGAGGCAUCCUCUUUGGCCUUCUGUUUGGAUUUGUUGCUGCGUUCACCACGCGCUUCACCCACAAUGUCCGUCAGAUCGAGCCGCUCUUCGUCUUCAUGUACAGCUACCUGGCGUACCUGGUGGCUGAGUGUUUUGCCAUCUCCAGCGUGUUGGCCAUUAUAACAUGUGCCAUCGCCAUGAAGUACUACGUGGAGGAGAACGUAUCCCAGAGAUCCUGCACCACCAUCCGCCAUGUUGUCAAGAUGCUCGCCACCGUCUCCGAAACCCUCAUCUUCUUCUUCCUCGGUGUCGUGACCAUAACGACCGAGCACGAGUGGAACUGGGCCUACAUCCUGUUUACGCUGCUGUUCGCCUUCAUCUGGAGAGGGAUUGGCAUCCUGGUGCUGACCCAGAUCAUCAACCCGUUCCGUACCAUCCAGUUCAACUUCAAGGACCAGUUUGGUCUCUCCUACGGGGGCCUGCGAGGGGCAAUCUGCUUCGCCCUGGCCUUCACUUUGCCUGAUAACAUCAACAGGAAGAACCUGUUUGUCACAGCAUCAAUUGCCGUUAUUAUAUUCACCGUUUUCUUACAGGGCAUCAGCAUCCGUCCCAUAGCAGAAUAUAUUAACAUCAGGAAAUCCAACAAAGACAUCAACACCAUCAACGAGGAGAUUCACACCAGGAUGAUGGAGCACGUUCUUUGUGGUAUCGAGGACUUGUGUGGACAGUGGAGUCACUACUACUGGAAAGACAAGUUUAAGAAGUUCAACGACUGUGUGUUGCGGCGCAUCCUGGUCCGAGACAACAGGGCUGAGUCCAGCAUCGUGUCUCUGUACAAGAAACUGGAGCUGCAGAACGCCAUUGGGUUACUGGACACGCCGAUGGGAGACCUCAGCGCGGCGCCAUCUGUCGUUUCUCUGUACGACGAGAGGAAGGAGGCGUCUCGACCCAAGAAGAGCUUCAUGGCUGCUGAUGUGAGGAAGAUGCACGACAUCCUGUCAAAGAACAUGUACAAGAUCAGACAGAAGACAAUGGCUUACACCAACAAAUACAAUCUGCCUGACGACAGCCGAACCAGGGAGAUUCUGAUCCGCCGCCAUGCGAGCAUCAGACGCAGCCUACGUGCUGAAAGCUUCCGUGACGCGCCUGCACGAAACAUCCCCAGGUCUCAGAAGUACUACUCUCUCCAGCCUGGAGGGGAUCUGGAGGCCGCCUUCACCCUCAGAAGACGAAGUCACGGCGGAAGUGACGACGUGGACAAUCUGCCAGCCCGUCUCCAGGCCUCUGGCGUGUCACCGCGCUCUUCAUCCCGCUCUCUAGUCCCCAUGAGGAGGCUGAACACCAUCAACGAGUCACGAAGUCACCACUCGCCACCUCCAGUUUCGGGUCAGGUAGACGGAGAUGAAGACUCCGAGCGUACAGGAGAAAGGGAGGGACCAGUGCGACCUCCUCAGCUGCCGCCACCUCGUGGCUGGGUACCUGAGAACCAGGAUCCUACGGAAAACGGGGCAGGAAACUCCUUACUUAGAAACCUUCCACAGGACUCUCGGGGCUCAGGGAGAUCAUGACAGACUUUGUCGAAGACGAAGAGCUGCUUUGGAGGAUGAACUGAUUUUAUUGGUUGAGAUAAAAACCAAAAACACAAAGACUGGCUUUUUUCUUUGGCUAGUUUGACUUUUCUAUGUCAUGAACAAAUAAAGCAUUAUCUUUUCAAAGUGAAAUAUAUCUCAGGGUUUUCUCAGCCAGUGGCAUUAUUGCUUCCUCCUGAAAUCCUUCUCUGAGAACUUUGUACAACGGGAAGUACCGCCCAGUCAAGCUGCAGUUAGAGUUUACAUCCAUGUCUGUCCGCACUCAUAUGACAGUAAGCAAUACGCCCAGUGUGAAUGUUGCUGCAAAGAAGCUACGAAUUCUAAAACACGGAUAGCACAGUUUCAAAGUGGACACCAAGAUCAGAGUCACCAGCUGAGUUAUGAUGGCCAGAAAAGUGUUUUUGCAGAACAUUAUGAUGUCACAGUGAAGCUGACCUUUGACCAAUUCGUCAUUUUAGAAAUGUGUGUAAGAUUUUGUCAUUAUUAGUGUGUGAAUCCUUGAGUUAUGUCCAAAAAUGUGCAACCUCUGACCACCAACUUCCAAUCAGUUUAUUGUUGAAUCCAAGUGGACGUUUGUGCCAAAUUUGAAGAAAUUCCUUCAAGGUGUUCUUGGGAUAUCUCGUUUACAAGAAUGAGCUGCAUGGAUGGACGAUCAAACAUCAUCUUAAUUUCCGGUUUUUUUUUUGUAUAUGUGUAUACGUGUCUUUGUAUGUUUGUAUGGUUUCUGGCCAAUAAAGGGAGUCAGCAGAGUCAACUGUUGAAAUUACUUACAGAUAUGUAAAGUGUGGGCGAUAUGGUUUCAAAAUAAUAUCACGAUAUUUUCAGGCUAUAUCCCGAUACACAAUAUAUAUCGUGAUAUUUUGAACUACAGUUACAAUAAAGCUAAAUAAAGUACUGUUAUCAUCAGCCAGUGGAGUUGCUGCGGGACAGGUGUAGUAAGACUAGAAGAGGGGGUUCUGGAAAUAAUUCUGGCAGCAGAGUUUUGAACCAGUUGCAGUUUAUGGAUGGACUUGUCUGGUAAACCAAAAGGAAGGGAAUUACAGUAGUCAAGACGGGAUUGUUGGGUGUGAGGGAUGGGCGCAGGUGUGAGAUGUUAUGUAGAUGGUGGACAGGUAGAGCUGGGUGUCAUCUGCGUAGCAGUGAAAUUGAAUAUUAUAUUUGCGGAAAAUCCUGCCAAGAGGGAGGAGGAAGAUGAUAAACAGGAGAAGUCCAAGCACAGAGCCUUGGGGUACACCCGAGGAGAGGGGGACUGGUUGGGGUGUAAAUGUUUUCAGCUGACCCAACUGAGUGCGACCAGAGAGAUACGAUUAUACUUCAAUAAAUCAAAGCAGAAGCACUGGUGCUUUUAUUCUGAAAAAACCCAGCUUGUGAUGUUUUUGCUUUGAACUUGAAGCUUCUGGUCAACAGUUUGCUGUUAGUACAGUAGAAAGUUAAACUGUUGCCGCUGGGCUGUUAAAUGUGAGGUUUUAUUCACUGUGAGCUGGAAACAAACUAACGCCCCGCUAUAUUCAAGCAGUGACAGCAGCAUGCACGCCCAUCACACCACGCGGCUGACACAAACAAAACAGAUUAAGUCUUGAUAAGUCUCAUUUUAAAUGU